CAGUCCAAAUAAAGUACUGUACUGUAUAGUGUCAAGUAAGGCGUUUACCUUCCCUCUAGGAAACGUCAGCCUUGCUAGCCUGCUACGCUAGCACAUUAAGGCUGUAGGGUUUUUUUACAUUCAGUGACGCCUAUGCACAUAUACGUAUUCGGCUAUUAUUAAGAUCAUGAAAUUACUUUUUCUUGCUUGCCUCGAACCCAAAACAGGGAACCACACCACAGCUGAGCGAAUCAGGUCCUACAUUGAAUCAGCAGGACACAUUUGUGAGCUCCGCCAUGCGGAAGAAUUCCAGUCGUCCUCUGAUGUGGCUAACAUGCUAUCACAAAAUCUUGAAUUUGACGGGGCGCUUGCCAUUCAUCUGUUCAAAGCAGGCAGACUCCUCCUUGACAUUCAAGUACCCUUUGGCAUUAUCUUUGGUGGAACAGACAUCAAUGAAGAUGUGAAAGUUGAGAAGAAGCGUGCGGUUAUGGAGAAAGUUCUACUUAAAGCAAGGUUUGCAGUUGCAUUUACGGACAAACUGAAGGAGGAGGCCAUGUUGUUUUUGCAUUCCCAAAGCAGCAAAAUAUAUGUCCAGCCUCAAGGUAUUGAGACAGAAGUUGCAGAGGAUUUCGACUGGGCUGAAUUCUUGCAAAGUUCAGGUAUAAGUGGUGAGCAUGUGGAACGGCUCCAUGUUUUCCUGUUGAUCUGCGGCAUCAGACGAAUCAAGGACCCACUCUAUUUAGUGGAAAGCUUUUCAGAGUGGCACAGUGAGAAUCCCCAGCAUGUUCUUGUUAUAAUUGGUCCGAGGAUUGAUCCUGUGCUGACUGAUGCAGUCGAAGCUGUUGUUAGGAGAACAGCAGGGGUCUUUUUGGCUCGGCAGAGGAGCCAGCCGGAGCUUCACGCUGCCAUGAAAAGGUGCUUUGCUGUGGUCAACAGUUCCAUCUCAGAAGGCAUGUCAGCAGCUAUCUUGGAGGCCAUGGAUCUGGGGCUACCUGUGUUGGCCAGGGACAUUCCGGGAAAUACAGCUGUGGUGCAACAUGAGGUCACUGGUCUGCUAUACUCUUCCCCUCAGGAAUUUGUGCAUCAGUCUCAGAGGCUGUUGUCAGAUCAUGAGCUGAGAGCGAGAGUGAUAAGGAAUGGAAAAGUCUACGUGGUGAAGCAUCACAGCCUGAAACAGGAGAGAGAAACUUACCAGAGGCUGGUGGACAUGCUGCACUAGCGCCACAUCUGUCAGCUCCUUUGUUUACUUUGGUCAUGUCUACACAAACACGGGUAUUUUCUCUAUUACAUAUUGGGCUUUUGUUUUUUUUGUUUUUUUCCUUUGACAUGGGUCCUGUAGGUUGUAACCUUGAGUCUGAGUCUUAUUUUUUGAAUAUGAACUUUUAUAUUUCUUUGGUCUAAAUGGUGUUCCUUUGACACUUUGGCUUGACAAAAGAUUAACGACAGUGACUCGUUCAUCACUAUAUUUUUUUACUUGAUCGGGACUCGCGGGUACUUGUCUCUUACCUCGUUCACUUACACACCGCUGCUAACGCUAGCUAAAUUAAAAUGUUGAGCAAGUCCGAGUUUCUGCACAUGCGCUUUGUGACGAGUGAAUCAACUACCCGAUUCACUUCCACUCACGUCAGUAAAAGGAAUUGAGUUUCUCAUCACUACUGAGAAUCAUGUGGACAAAUUUAUUUUAAAAAUAUAUUUAAACACUACGGUCAACAUUUUUUCUACCCCAAAAUACAGUCUUUACAGAAGCCUCAGUAAAAAUUGGGUAUGACACCAUUCUACAUCUUUCAUACAAUAAAGUGUACUGUAUUUUACAAUACCAUGCUGUAAACAUGUUUUUUAUUGGUGCUUUAAAGGGAUGGCUAUGAUGCAAUAAAACGGGAAAAUGCUUCUUUUUCACAGUAAUAUAUUUUAUGCAUUUGGAAGUGUGCUAUUUAUUUCAGAUUUAAUAAACAUGGUGAA